AAAAUAUGACUUUGAAAAAUCAACCCCCAUUUUCUUCUCAUAAGGCCAAAAAAUGAAAUUAUCGCUGUGAAUUUUUGGCUCAAUCGGCACCCCGUAGAUAAACCUGGCGAAAGAGAUGCGUGAGAAACACAAGAGAGCCCAGGACUCAGCAGGAGGAGCUCAACCUGCAACGAGUGGAGAAGAACCUGACUAGGUUAAAAAAAAUAAAAUACACAUUCUGCAAAACAUGCAGUUUGUCCUGGAGCCAGCAGGGGGCCGCAAAGUUCGCUGAUUCCUCUGCUGAAUGCCCAGCAGGACGUUAGUCACACGGAGGGAGGAGGAGGAGCAGGGAGGAAGAGGAGGCAGAUAAACAUCAGCCAGGAGCGCGAGGAGGAGGAGGAACUGGGAGGGCGCAGCGACCAGCAGCGGAUCCAGCGACCAGAACCAGUAGAAAAGGUAAGAACCAUGAAGACCCGAUCACACGGCGAGAGGAGGAGGAAGAGGAGCGGGAUGGGGUGAGUUACAUCAGGAGUCUGGACCGAACCUCCUGACUCGGUUCACCAAACCAUCCAGGAUCGGAGCGGAGCUCAGACCGACCCGGUUCGGUUCGGUUCGGUUCGGUUCAUUUUGUCGCAUUUGCACGGUUCUGCCGCAGGAUCAGAGGCGGGCUCUCGGAAUAAAGCGAACCGAACCUUCAUCUACAUCAACGCAUGCGCGCUCCCGACUCGGUCAUCUUCCCGUCCUUCAGCCUCACGUGCGCGCGCGGCGCGGGCUGGGGAGUGACUGACAGCAGCCUGCAGUCAGGAUUAGACACAUUUCCAUGCGAUGAUGAUGAUGAUGAUGAUGAAGGAAGCGCCCAUAGGUCACGCAUCAGUGCGUGUGCGCAUGCGUGCAUGUUGGGUUUUAUCGGGUCUUCUUGUUGCUGCUGGAUUAUAAUCUGCUGCUGCUCAGCGGUUCUGUUCUGGAGCUCCUGACCCAGUUGGUGGUCCAGACGGUUCUGGUUCUGGUUCGGUUCUUUGUCUGCUUUUCUUCUCUGGUUCGGUCCAAUCUCCUCUACUGGGUUAAAUCUGGACCUGUUCAAUGAAUCCAUGCAUUGGCCCGGUCCAGUGAUCAGCGCGCUGCGCCUCUAUGAAGUGUGGACUCAGGUCAGGGGUCAGGGGUCAGAGUUCAGGGUUGGGCCAGAAUGACUGGGUCGUAACGUCACACGGCGCCAAAAUGGCGGACUGGUCACUGUUUAGCAUCCUGCUGCUAAAACAGAACAGAACAUUUUAAAUGUCCAGUUUAGGUUUUUUUUUCUUUGUUGAAGGAAUCUGUUUUGUUGUGACUUGUUGAAUACAGAAAAUUCAAUAUAAUCUCUCAUGUUCAGUAAAACUAAAAUUAUUUCAAUAUUUGACUUUUGAAAACUGAUUUUAUUCUGUUUGUUUACGACAGACGGCUCACUCUGUGAACUUAUUUCAUAUUUCCAAGACGGCAAAAAAUACACAUUAAAAUGUUCUAAUAUUUAAUAAUACUUAUUUAUAUUUAUUUGACUCAUAGAGACUUAAAACCAUCUGAGGUUUGGUAUAAAGUGGAGCUCAUAAAGGUCAAGUGAAGGACAAACAUGUAAAAGAAUUAUAAAAAUGUCUGAUGCUACAUGUGGAAAAUAAAAAGACUAAUGGAAUUAAAAUGUCCUUUUUAAAAGAAACUAUGGAUGUUGUGACUUUAGGGACCAAAAAUGUAACAAUAAAUUCAUCAGUUUUCUAAACAUUUGAUCCAAAAUCAUGAUGACAAUAAAACCAAACAGCUUUCUAUUCCACUCCCACAAAAAAAUAUUUGAAUUUCAUAAUUAUCUAUAAAGUUUUCCCUAAAUUGACUUUCUGCAAAAGAAAUUCAGAAUAAAUAUCAAUUUCUGUGUUUUGUGAUGAGACAUUUUUUAGUAGCAGUUUCUCCGUCUGUCUGCUGAUCGUCCAGGUAGAAAAUCCCAGACAAUGGGAGGAGAAACCACCAGCAUUACUUAGGAAGGCGAUGGCCAGGCCGGGUCAGCCCGGUCCGGUUCUGGACUGAAACUGAGAGGCAAAGCAGCCAAAUCUGUUGAUCCGCAUGACGAGGAAAUUCUGGUUGGAGGGUCGUGAGUCUCAGUCGCGGUCAGUGAUGCUGCACCAUCAGGACCAACAUCUGAACCGGGCCUACAGAGGCGGCACCAACAGCUCGCCCCUCAGGAACAAAGACAGCAACUUCAACUUCCUGCCAGGCGCCAACGACGAAGCCCAAGCAGAAACCAGGAGAGGAGGCGAUGAGAACCGGAACCAGGUCCGUCCCCGGAACCUGCCGUUGGGUCGCGACCCUCAGAGUUCGCCGACCUCCGGCUUCAACUCGAGCCUGAUGUCGCCUCGCUCCCGCCUGCCCUGCUGGAGCCCACUGGAGCCGCUCCCUGAAGUCGAGACGGGGGAUGACGGGUACGGGCGGGUGCCGCCGGACGGAGCGGAGGAGAGGAUGAUGGAGGAGGAGGAGGAGAGGAUGAUGAUGUUUGAUGAGAAGAAGGAGCGCCAGAGGAAGGAGGAGAACCCGGAUGACGAAUGGGGAGACAGCGACUCGGAGUCGGAGUUCAGCUGUCGCUCCGGCGGCAGCGUCUCCUCCCUGAAUGUGGAGAGUGGAGGCGAGGCGGGGCUCCUGGGCGGCUGGGACCGGAUCGGCGUCGGAGAGCCCAAAUCAAGCAAGCCUGAAGCCGGACCGAUCAGAACCGGAGAUGUGAAACAGAGGAGCUUCAGCAGCAAGCCACCAACCCGAAGCGACCUGCAGAACCUGCCAGAGGAGCGUAACCACAGCGACAACCAAUCCUCAGACUCGGACAGCGAGCUGCCGGAGCUGAUGGACGCCAUGUGGACGCUGCGGGACCGCGAGCGCUUCAAGGCGCAGGAGAUGGAGAAGCACCAGGUGCAGCUGACCAUGUACCGCCGGCUGGCGCUGAUCCGCUGGGUGCGCACGCUGCAGGGCCGCGUCCAGGAGCAGCAGAACCGCCUGCAGUCCAGCUUUGACGUCAUCCUGACCCACAGGAAGGAGCUGCUGCGGAUGGGAGCCGCCGCCACCGCUGUCGCCCAAUCAUAGGAGGUCUACGGUGUGAUGUCACAGCGCCUGUGUCUCUUUGUGUUUCUGAUUUCAAUGAGUCAAACUUGUGUCUGUAAAUGUGUGUGACUCUCUGCUGAACCCUAGAGCUCUACAUCAGUAUGACGACGCCAUGAUGACACCUUGACGACGCCAUGACGACACCUUGACGACACCAUGACGACACCUUGACGACACCAUGACGACACCUUGACGACGCCAUGACGACACCUUGACGACACCUUGACGACGCCAUGACGACACCUUGACGACGCCAUGACGACGCCAUGACGACACCUUGACGACGCCAUGACGACACCUUGACGACGCCAUGACGACACCUUGACGACGCAUGACGACACCUUGACGACGCCAUGACGACACCUUGACGACACCUUAUGACGACACCUUGACGACACCAUGACGACACCUUGACGACGCCAUGACGACACCUUGACGACACCUUGACGACGCCAUGAGGAUACCUUGACGACGCCAUGACGACACCUUGACGACGCCAUGAGGAUACCUUGACGACGCCAUGACGACACCUUGACGACAGUCUGACCAUACGUGAUACCAUGAUGACAA